UGUUUCCGGUCUAAAAGCAAGGCAGCUUGCAACUUCCGGUUGAGCUCCGUUCCUUCUGCUCGGCAUUUGUCGCGUGUUGCCGGCAUACAACCGAUCUUUUCAUUUUAAUCCUCACGAAAGAAGAACAAGAACAGCCCAGAAACGUAAAGAUGGCAUCCUUCGUGCCCGACUACAGCCCAAUGGGUAUGACGAAUCCGGAAUCCAUGCGAAUGCAAGUCGCCCAGAUGCUCAAAGGCAUUGACAGGUACAACCCCGAGAACCUGAUCAAGCUCGAGAACUACGUCCAGAUCCAAGCGACGGAAAACAUGUACGACCUGGAGGCCAACCUAGCCGUGCUCAAACUGUAUCAGUUCAACCCGUCCAACUUCAAGCACGACGUUGUCGCCACAAUUCUGCUGAAGGCUCUCACGAACCUGCCGCACACAGACUUUGUGCUGUGCAAGUGUCUCAUCGACCAGGACAGGCUUUCAGAUCCUAACAUCACGCUGGCCCUGAAGUUGCACUACCUCUUGGAGAUGUGUGAGUUUCAGCAAUUCUGGCAAGCCAUCACGAAGCAGGCGUUUCUGCAGACCAUCAAGGGCUUCAAGGAUUCCAUCCGGAAAUUCGUCUGCUAUGUGGUGAGCAUGACCUACCAGAACAUUGACAAGGUCCUGCUCUGCAACUUCCUUGACAUCUACAGUCCGGACCUGCAGAAGUGGAUCGCCCAGUACAAUUGGAAGGACCUCGGCAAUGGGUCAGUCUUCAUCGCCAACCAGGAGGAGAUCGUGAAGACCAAGAACAUCACCGAGAAGAUUGACUUUGAGAGUGUGGAAGCAAUCAUGGCCAGCUGUAGGUAAAA